AUGGUGCUUCGUUAUGCGCACCGCCUGACGUUCCCUACUGUACACUCAAAACCCAUACGAUGCCUAGCUUUUCAUCCCAACAGAGAUGUCGUUGCUUCCGCUGGAGAGGACACGAAAGUAAUCAUGUGGGACACGAAUUCUGGGGAAGUCAAGUACUACGCCGAAGGCCGGAGUCCUGCGCGAAGUCUAUUGUGGACUUCAUGGGAUGAAGAGCUUCAUUGUGGAUUUCAAGACGGAUAUCUUAUGUCAGUAACCGCGGAUGAGGCAGAUCAGAUGCUCAGAGUCAAGGGCGUCUUGUGCCACGCUUCGCUACCGUUGGAGAGCAUGACUGCACAUCCUGACGGAAGGAUUUUGGCUACAGCAGCGCGAGCAGAGGUUAGAUUAUGGACUCGGAAGAGCAAACGAGUGACACUUGGUGAGGAAGGUCAUUGGAAAGCUUACGCGGCGCUCAGGGAGCCGCAAAAGACUGCUGUUACUGAGAAACAUGAGGUCAUAGUGACCUCCGUUCAUUGGCUACCGCCUAAUGCGUUUAAAUCCUUUGGCUCGGACACCAACCCUACGGCGUCUUUCUCCGAUGUUGGGGACGUCUUAGUUUCCUAUCUGACGCACGGCGUUGUCUGCUGGGACGUCAAUUCUUGCUCUGCUCGGUGGUAUGUCAGCAUGUCGGGAUAUGUAUCUACGACUGCGUUGUCCUCGAGCGCCCAGUAUCUUGCUGUGUCAGAUUUCCGAGGAGGGGUGGAUAUCUACGAUAUGGACACUGGCUUCAUUGUGAAAUCAUUCAUAAUCAGUAGCCGGAAAGAACGAAGUCCAGUGUCUUUCAUCCAUGAUGAUACCUCCCUUCUUGCCAGCAAUUCCAACGGAGUGGCAUCCAUCUGGCAUGUUUUCACAGGAACUGAGGUUCAAUGUUUAAGGUUGGAUGCCCACGUUACGCAACUGGCGAAUGCACCAGCAAUCGCAGCUCAAACUCUAUCCGGAGAUCUACUGCGCGUCGCCGUUGGUUUACGAGGCGAUGGCCUAUGUGGAUUCAGUAUUUGGGAGACGGUUGAGGUUGAGGUUGAGGUUGACCGCCGCUGA